AUGACUACUCCACAUAUAUCGCGGUGUACCAAACACUCUUCAUCCAAUCUAUUCCGAUAUCUACUCAGCAGGGAUCCCAUCCCCGACUGCAAAGAAAAGCCUCAAGAUAUCAGAUCCUCACACCAUUGCCACAACAUGAGCUCAAGGCUUAACGAAAGCCACAACACAAGGUGCAUCCAGGGCGAUGGGAGAAAUUGGCCUGUCCUAUCAUCAGCUCUCUUCGGAGCUUUACACUCUUCCACUCUCGCUAUUGUCGUCGCUCUUGAAUUCUCCUCCUCUGAGAGAAUGGUCGUCAAUAUCACUCUGGAUUUUUGUUUGUCGAGCUUGAAAGAUAGCCAGCCGCUCCGAGCUAUUGACUAUUGGAGAUUGAGAACUAUGGAUUUGAAAACUCCUACUUCGUACUAA